GAUAAAUCCAGGUUUGGAUUCGCAGUCGGUGUCAGUCCGGGGGGACAGAGAGGAGGAGAGGAGUGCGAGCCGGAGAAACGGCGGAGGAGCUUUCCAUCGACACCAGGAGUUUACACAUGAAGAUUUGCUGGUUUUGAAGUGUGACGUGAGAAGCAACAACACACGCGGGCGGUGAUUUUCCUCCCAACCCGAUGAGAACCCCGCGCGCGCUCCCAGCCAGGGACGGAGGAUCCAAAGUUGUUGGAGGAUACUGCGCAGGCGUGGAGGUAGUCCUACAUCAUCUGUGUAUUGUUCCCCCUUCGAACCUGGGAGUGGCGAUGGUCCACUGGACCAGAGUGUGGGGGACAUGCAUCCGGCUCCAGACUCUGCUGGCCUUCGCCUGGGCCAACUGUCCCUCACAGACCCCUAACCCUGUCAACUUCUCCGUUGUUUACACCAUGCCCUUCUUUCAGGCACAUGGACCCAUUCAGAACAUAGUGAACAACUCAAUUUACCAGGAAGUCUAUGUGGCCUCGCAGAAUGUCAUCGAAGCCGUCAACAGGAGUCUGGAAAAGGCCUGGGAGCUCCGCACUGGGCCGGUUGGAAGUCCAGAGUGUCGCAUAUGCAACUUAUGCGAUAUCGAUAAGGAUUACAACUUUCUGGAGGACACGGACAAUCAAGUGUUGUUGCUGGACACUCCUUUUAUGUAUUUAUAUUCCUGUGGAAGCUCUCAGUAUGGUGUUUGCUAUUUUCACGAGCUGAACUCAAAUGGGGAACUACCUUCUCGCUCUAAGUGUUUGUUCAGGAAGAGUGCAAACUCUGCUGCUUAUUGUCCAGACUGCGUGGCGAGCCCUCUGGGUACCAAAAUGUCAUUGGUAGAGGAGGGUCAGGCGGUCUACUUUUUUGUUGCUGCCUCCGUCAAUGAUAGCGUUACGCAACGUUAUGGAAGGAAGUCGAUAUCAGUCCGCAGACCACUGGCCACUGAGGAUGGUUUCUAUAGUGAUGUGCGAGGCCUUACUGUCCUGCCCACCCUCCGGAGGACUUACCACAUUGACUAUGUCUACAGCUUCUUCACUCAGGCCCGCGAGUGGGAGGUGAAGAGGUAUCGUGAACUGAUCCUGGAGUGUCGCUUUGAGCCUAAGCGCAGGAGGAGGAACGUUCGCGAGCCCUACAAGGACAUCGUGUACAACGUGGUCCAGGCGGCUUACUUCGGCAAGGCUGGCAGGGAGCUGGCGGAGGAACUGGGGGCGGAGGAGGAGGACGACAUCCUCUAUGGGGUGUUUGCUGUGACUGAUGACAAUGGGGUCACAGAGAACGACUCGGCUCUGUGCGCCUUUCCUAUGGACAGUGUGAACAAGGCGAUCGUUGACGGCGUUGAUGAUUGCUGUCAGUCUGGACCAGAGCAACUCUCCAGAGGGCUUUGCCACUUCCAGCCAUGUGAAAGCUGUCCACACGAGAGCAUGGAGAACAACGCCACGUGCAACGACCAUCCCACCAUGGUGUCAAAGCCGUACUACAGAGUGGACCUCUUCAACAGGAAGAUGACCAACGUCCUGCUCACCUCUCUCCUGGUGACGACCAUAGAGAACAAAACCGUUGCUCACAUUGGCACCUCAACUGGACGGCUGCUUCAGCUUGUGCUGACAAGAUCCAGCCCAGACAUCUUUGCCAACUACUCCUUGGUCGAGAAUCAGAGGGUGUCUUCUAUUGCUGCUGUUUACUCCUCUGAGUAUCUGCUAUUUGUAGUUGGAGACAAGAUGAUUCAGGUGCCCCAGAGGGGACCCGGCUGCCAGCACUUCAUGACCUGCGUCACGUGCCUGACGGCCCCGAAGUUCAUGGGCUGCGGUUGGUGCUCUGGAGUGUGUUUGUGGAAGAGCGAGUGCCACAGCCGCUGGAGGAAUGAAUCCUGUCCGCCCGGGAUCAGUGGGUUUUUUCCAAGGACUGCUCCCCCUGAUGGACAAACAGAGCUUACGGUGUGCGGAUGGGAGUUUCGGUCACAGCUUCGACCUGCUAUCACCUCCAAGACCCACCAGGUCCGACUGGGACAGGCCGCCUGCACUGUGAUUCCACUCAAAAGCAACAACACGCAUUUAGUAUGUAAGAUUCGCUCUGGGACCUCCGAGCUCUUCAAGCCGGUCAACAUUACAGUGGACGUGCAUGAGGGCAGGGUGGAGGGCCGCUACUCUAUCGAUGGCAAGGCUGAAGUACCAGGGUUCAUGUUUGUGGUUCCAAACAUCACAGAAAUCCAGCCCAACUACGGACCGCGUGUCGGAGGAACACUCAUCACGAUCACUGGGUUCCACUUAGAUGCUGGAAAAAACAGGAGAGUCACUCUGAAUGAAGUACCCUGCCAUAUGAGAAGGUCCAAAUCAGUAGCCAAUGUUUCGUCCAUCAUCUGCUUGUCCCAGGCCAUCUCGGAGGUGAGGGAUGUCCCGCUGAGCGUUUUCAUCGACAAAUCUCCAGUCCACACCACAAAGGUGUUUUACUACAAGGAAACUCCCAAGAUCAUGGCCGUGCUGCCCGACUGCAGCUUUCACAGAGGUUCAAAGAUCGUGAUCGAAGGGCAGAACCUCGACUCGGUUUACCGCACCGUAAUCCGCUUUAAGCCCAACGAGAGCCACCUCAGAGCAGUAACAACGGAGUGCAUUGGGAAGUCCCUGCCCACUCGGAUGGAGUGCGUCACUCCGGCGUUCCAGAGGGAUGAGAGCGAGGAGGGCCUGCUGUCGUUUGACAUGGACGGCGCCCUGGGCCUUUGGAACAAAGAGUUCUCCUAUCACCCCUACGGAGAACCCAUUCCUUUUGAAACAGAGGGACAUGUGCUCAGUUUGUAUCCUGGGUUUGACGAAGUGUCCCUUCAUCAUAAGAAACUGAACCUGGUGAGCUCCUGCAUGACCAUCAUCAUGACGGUGGCCGACGUCGACUGCGAUGCCAAAGUCCUGGACAAUGAGAUAACCUGCAGGAUCCCCAAAAACAUCACCAUUCCCAGCGAGGGCCUUCCAGUGAAGAUCUCCAUCAACGGCCAGGUUCAUAAUGUUGGCACGGUGGUGAGGGUCAACAAUCACUACAUGGUGGGAGUAGUUCUGGGAAUCCUGGCGGCUCUGGUGGCCGGGGCCGUGCUGGCCUUUGUUGUGAUGAAACAUUUGAGGAAGAAAAAGAAAGCCUCAAUGAUAGAAGCCCGUUUGUCCCACUCUGCUACUCGCUCUGUGACCAACACUGUGGACUUGUCUCCCACGGGAGACUACAGGAGAGUCGUUUCCCUGAGCCCCCCGACCCCUUUGAUUGGGCCGGUGGUGUUUCGGGGCCUGGCCUACUCCGCCUGCAACAGAGAUCCGACCCUCACCCCUCUCAUGCAGACAGAGAAGAUCUCCAUCUCCAGCUUCAGACCAGAGCUGCUGGAGGAGGUGAAGGACGUUCUCAUUCCUGCUGAGAUGCUGAUAGUCCAGCACCACCGCAUCAUCGGGAAGGGCCAUUUUGGAACUGUCUACCAUGGUUACUUAUCAGACUCCACCAACAGAGAAACUCACUGCGCUGUCAAGUCUUUGAAUAGAAUAACGGAUGUGGAAGAGGUGGAGCAGUUCCUGAAAGAGGGCAUCAUAAUGAAGGGUUUCCACCACACCAACGUCCUGUCUCUGCUGGGCAUCUUCCUGCCGCAGGAAGGGCUCCCCCUGGUGGUGCUUCCGUAUAUGAAACACGGAGACCUACGGCACUUCAUACGCUGCGAGAAGAGGAACCCGACCGUAAAGGAUCUCAUCGGAUUCGGGCUGCAGGUCGCCAAGGGGAUGGAGUAUUUGGCAACCAAGAAGUUUGUCCACAGAGAUCUCGCUGCGCGCAACUGCAUGUUGGAUGAGUCGUACACGGUGAAGGUGGCGGACUUUGGCAUGGCCAGAGACGUUUUUGAUAAGGAAUACUACAGCGUGCAGGAUCACAGGAAGGCUAAGCUGCCCGUCAAAUGGAUGGCCAUCGAGAGUUUGCAGACGCAGAAAUUCACCACCAAGUCAGACGUGUGGUCCUUUGGUGUUCUGAUGUGGGAAAUGCUGACCAGAGGAGCGAGCCCCUACCCAGAGGUGGACCCUUAUGACAUAACGCAUUACUUACUGAAAGGCAGGAGGCUUCCCCAGCCACAGUACUGCCCUGACCCGCUGUAUCGCAUCAUGCUGCAGUGCUGGGAUCCUGAUCCGGAGCUCAGGCCCAGCUUCGCCACUCUGGUUUUGGCCGUCUCCACCAUCCUGUCGAGCCUGGAGGGAGAGCAUUACAUCAGCCUGAACGUCACCUACGUGAACCUGGACCAGCCGCGGCCGUACCCCGCCCUCACAGACUCCCCCGAUGAGUACGACUCCACAGACGUCGAGGACUCCGGCUCAGACUCUGACUCUUCCUGAAACAGACAAAAAAAACAAACAAACCAAACAAAAAAAACAACAACAAAAAAACACUCUCCUCUGACACAUUCGUGUGUUUUAUGUCAAAGCAGGAAAAACAAAGUACCUUCUUACUGUCUGACCACAUGAAUGUGAUAAUAAGAGACUUUACCAAAAGCUGUUAGUUUUUCUAUUUGAAAACAACAAGACCUGAAAACUCAUUUCACUCCCGGGUAUAUAUUUCAAGCAUUUAUUUCUCUUAAUUGUGUUUUACAGCUAAAACAUAUUUCUAACAAAAAAAAAAAUGCCGGCAUGCUGAAAAGUUUUUAUGCGUCCUUUUAAACUGAUUACUGCGUCGAUUCUGUGUAGAAUGGAUGUGGAGGUGUUAAAGAAGCCCAGACUGUUUAAAUCACGGCCUUUAGUGGGAGUGGUUUUUACCACACAUUUUCCUUCCACUAAAUUUCCCAUGAAUCUGCUUUGCCGCAGCUCUGUGCUGAACUUCUACUGCUUCCUCUGCCUGUGGAGUGUGUCACUGACUGUCGGCUAGGGAAAUGUCAAGUCAGCACUUCGCCUUCAUUUAUUUAUUUUUUUUAGGCCACGAUAUUUCCGUAUAAAAAAAACCUCUUUGUUUUGGUCUUUUGUAAAAUUGUAAUUUCCUAAUAAACUAAAUUAGUUAUUUUUUAUUAGUUGUGAGCAGUAAUUAUCAAAACGAAAAGAAUGAAAUGGGUACGCCCAGAGAAAUCAGCCGGCUGGUAAAUCGCACCAAUUUCCUUAAAUUUUGGAGAUCAGCCGAUACUUACGUGUGAAACAGAUCAUAUCUAAAAUCAGCCACUGUCCCGUUUGCCUCAGCCAGCAUAUUUAGCAACUUUUCAGACAGAGGAAAAAAAAAUAUAAAAAAACUCAGUACUGGCCAAAAUCAGAAUCGGCAGGUCAGGCUUUCUAAAGAUCGGUGAUCGAUCAGAAAACUGCAAUUGGUGCAACCCUAGAACUAAAUGUUUGAACUCGAUCACUCUGUCUGUAAGGAUAUAUGAGUUUCCUCUUUGAAUUUAAAUUACUGAAGUAAAUUAAAAUGUCGGUGAUUUUAUAAUAUAUUGAGUUGGACCUGUUAAGCAUUUAGAACUUAACAAUGUUUGAUAUAGUAGCAAUGGAGAAAUCAGAACAUGAAUUCAGUAAAAUGCUUCCCUUUAUUUUAACUCAAUGACGUAUAAAGAACUUUUGAAGGGUUUAUUCAAUGAUUUCAUGCUAUAUUUACCUUUAUUAUGUUAUUCUGGAAAUUGAAACAACCCAAAAAAAAAUUCACAAGAUUUUCUAUCAAAUCUUGUGAAUUUUUACCCAUCAGUUGUUUCUCUUAAACAUUAUUUCAGUCGCAUCUCUCCUAAUAAUAUGAUAAUUCAACAAACUUUUUAUUGCCAUAUGGAUUCCAUUACAUCCUCUCCUGUUCCAAAUUUUGGAAAUAGUUUCUGAUAAGAACCCAUCAGUUCUGACAUAUUGCAGGGCAGAAAUCAGGCUCUAAUAAUGGAAAUGCGUGACAUCCACUGGAUGCAGAAUCUCAUAUUUUGGUAUCUAUCAAAAUUGAGUUUUCCUCCAAUAAUACAUUUCAGCGAAAGGGAAGCUGACCCACACCAUCACACACAACCUCUGCCAAAAACUGUGUAGUAUUGGCAUAGAGGCUUUCCCAUGAUAUAGAAUUGAUCACUAAUAAGCUUUAGGGGGACACAUAAUUAAUCAAACACAAAUGUUCUGACUGCUUGUGCUGUUUGUUACUCACCCGUUAACUAGCUGGCUAUCUGACUAGCUAGCUAGCACUGUUUUAAUGUUGCUAAACAGCACUAUAGUAUAGUUAGUUAUACAGUACAAGUUUAACACAUUACAGUAUGUAGUGCCAAUAUACCAACAAAGGAAAAAUAUGUUAGUUUGCCAACAUUAAUUUUAGCAUAGCUUGUAGCGCCUCACUGGCCUUUAAAGUCAGACUGCGUUUUACUUAGCUAGCUAAUGGUUAGCUCGAUGGCUUUUUUUUAAAAAGGUUAGCCGCUCUGAGCCAUGUUUUUUUUUUUUUUUUUUUUUUUUUAACAAAACUUGUUAGUGCUGAGAAAAUAGUAUGGCAAUAUUUGUAACUUUGCUGGUUUCCUGUUAUUCGUGUAAAUAUGACAACUGUAGUGUCAGUUAUUCCACACAACGGCGAGUAAAAUAUUAUUCAACACUAUGUGGUACACUUUUACAAUAGCGUCACGUUAAAUGCAUUCUUACAUUUUCUGUCUUUUCUUCAGUGUAAAUAAAAGAUGAGCAAGAUAGUCUGUUGAUAUUUCUGUCCUUGAAAUAGUGUAAUAAAAUAUUUAUUUGUU